AAUACAGUUAUAAUUCUUGCAGAUCCGGCCUCUCUUUUCCUGCGAUUCCGCCAUUAGAGCUUUACACUCGGAAAUUUUGUUUAAUUUAUUUUUCUGUAUUAUUAUUCAAGUCUUAAAAACCUUUGAAAAUGUCUAGUAGAGAUAGAAUGGGUCGAAGAGGUGGUGGUGAUAGACCAAGUUUUGGAAGUCGUCGUGGUGGAGGAUCUAGUAGAGGUGGAUUUACAGGUGGUACAGGAGGACGCGGAUCAUUAAAAGGGAAGCAGCCUGGUGAGCGAUUGAGAAAACCACGUUGGGAUAUGAGUAAAUUGAUGCCAUUUCAGAAGAAUUUCUAUCGUGAACAUCCCAAUGUUCAAAGGAGAUCACAGCAAGAUGCUGAAAGCUACAGGAAUCAUUAUGAAAUUACUAUUCGUGGCCCUAAUAUCCCCAAACCUGUUGCUAAUUUUGAAGAAGGUUGUUUUCCAGAUUAUGUUAUGGAAGCUGUUCGCCUUCAGCAGUAUCAACAGCCAACUGCUAUUCAGGCGCAGAGUUGGCCUAUUGCCUUGAGUGGUCGAGAUUUAGUUGGCAUUGCCCAGACAGGAUCUGGAAAAACCCUUGCAUAUAUUUUGCCUGCUAUUGUUCACAUCAAUCAUCAACCACCAUUGGAACGAGGAGAUGGGCCAAUUGUUCUCGUACUUGCUCCUACUCGUGAGUUGGCUCAACAGAUUCAGCAAGUUGCUAAUGAUUUUGGUCAUACGUCUCGAGUAAGGAAUACAUGUGUAUUUGGUGGUGCACCUAAAGGUCCACAAAUCAGAGAUUUAGAAAGAGGAGCUGAAAUUUGUGUUGCUACUCCUGGUCGUUUAAUAGACUUUUUAGAAGCAGGAGUUACUAAUCUUCGUAGAUGCACUUAUUUAGUAUUGGAUGAAGCUGACCGUAUGUUGGAUAUGGGUUUUGAACCUCAAAUCAGGAAAAUUUUGGAGCAGAUUCGACCUGAUCGUCAAACUCUCAUGUGGAGUGCAACUUGGCCUAAAGAAGUGCGUGCUCUUGCUGAAGAUUUCUUAAAAGAUUAUGUUCAGAUUAACAUUGGAGCUCUUCAACUAUGUGCAAACCAUAAUAUAACUCAAAUUAUUGAUGUUUGUGAGGAACAUGAAAAGGAGAACAAAUUGUUCAAGUUGUUGGAAGAAAUAAUGAGCCAGAGUGAUAAUAAAACCAUUAUUUUUGCCGAGACCAAAAGGAAAGUAGAUGAUCUUACUAAACGCAUGCGUAGAGAUGGGUGGCCCGCUAUGUGUAUUCAUGGAGAUAAAUCACAACCUGAAAGAGAUUGGGUUUUGAAUGAGUUCAGAACUAGUAGAUCACCAAUCUUAGUUGCGACUGAUGUUGCUGCUCGUGGAUUGGAUGUGGACGAUAUUAAGUUUGUGAUAAACUUUGAUUACCCUAACUGUUCUGAAGACUAUGUUCAUCGCAUUGGCCGUACAGCUCGUAGCAAUAAAAGUGGCACUGCUUACACUUUCUUUACCACGAGUAAUUCUAAACAAGCUUCUGACUUGAUUAGUGUCUUGCAAGAGGCUAAUCAAGUCAUUAAUCCACGAUUGUAUGACAUAGCUGAUAUGUCUCGAGGAGGUGGAGGCAGAAUGAGGAGUCGAGGUCGUGCAGGUGGCUUUCAGGGACGCAGUGAUACUCGUGGCGGAAGGAGGGAUGAUACAAGAGGUGGUAGGAGUCAAGGCAGGGAUAAUUUUGGCCGAGAUCGAAUGCGCAAUGACGAUAGAGGCAGACCAAGUUCUAGACCUGAGAGAAAUGGACCAUCUGACCGAGGAAACUACAAUAGAGAUAAUCAGGGAUCUUACAGCCGUGAUGGACAAAAUUCAAACUAUGCACGUAAUGGACAAACUGCUGGAUACAGUCGUGAGAAUCCAAAUUCUGGAUAUAAUCGAGAGACCUAUAAUGCUAAUAGAGAUUCCCAAUCGUCUGGAUAUAAUCGUGACAAUCAGUCAGCUAACAAAGGUGGUCUCUUGAAUACUCCUCCAACAGGUGGGAUGUAUCAACAAGAAAGGGGCCCUCAAGAAAGUCGUUACAACCUUAGAGCUCAUGCUGGUCCAAGACCACCUCCAAGACCAGAAGGUAAUCCACCCCAGCAUGGUAAUCCACCCCCUCAUGGUAAUCCUUAUAUGAAUGGACAGUCCAGGGCUCCCCAGCACCCUCAGAUGAAUGAAGAUAACAGACAUACGAAUCGUGGCAAUCCACAGAUGAAUGCACACAACGAGCCACCUCCACAGCGCUAUCAAGGCCAUAACAUGCAAAUGAAUGGUUCUGGCAGACCUGCACCUCAGGCAAUGACCAAUGCCCAAACAAUGCAGUCUUUAUUCCAGCCUCCUCCUCCACCACCACCUAUCCCUAAUGGCACUGCUAACAAGGGCUCUUUGAUGGGACCCCCACCUCCAAUAAAUAAAUAUUAUUAAUUUUGUGAAUUUUAGAAGUUUUAAAUGUAUUGUGAAAAAUGUUUUGUUUCUUCAGAAGACUAUUGUAAAUAAUUUUUUGUAUAUUUAUUUUCUGUUUCCAUUGAAUCAUAAAUUAUGCUACUCAUGAAGUAAUGGAUAUGUAAUUUAGCGGGACACCAUUUUUCAUUUCAAGUUCACACAUGUAAUGUAUAUUUGUUAAAAUAUUGAUGGGUCGGAACAUAUGUCCGUAGUACAUUCUUUAAAAUUGUGCUAGACUUGAACUUUAUUAAUUUGGAAAAAAAAAGUUUUUAUUUUUGCAGUUUGUAUCAUCACUUUGUUGGAUGUUUAUAUUCAUUUUUUCUUUUUUUAUACUUAACAAAAAUUGAUGCAUUUCUGUAAAUGAAUACUCUGAUGGACGAAGAAAAAGUCUAAAAAAUAAAAUUUUAAACAAUGGU